CCUUGGCAUGAUCGUGCACUUUGUUGUUGAUGAUUCACUGCUGUGUGUACAUGUUAGAGAGUUCCAUUGUUGUGUUGUACUGGCCCCAUUUACGUGACUGUGACUCCAGUUUUUGUGAUUUUCGUCUUGUUCUUUUCUGGUGUGAGUAGAUAGUCAAAGAAAUGGCUGAAGCUGGCAACGAAGAUACAGCCAAGCUUUGUCCUUGUGGAUUUUGGGGAUCACCGCAGACAAUGAAUCUAUGUUCUAAAUGUUACAAAGAGAAAGACCAAAAUGCCAUUGAAGACGGUGGCCAUGAUUCAACCGACUCAGUACAGGGUCCUACCGUCCUAACCAAACUGGGACUUGUCCCUAGCACCUCAUCAGCUAUGAUAACAGCUCAGAAUUCAAAUACAAUUGAGGAAAAACUUGACAAUCAAGACGAGACUAAAAAACCUGAAGAGGAGAAAAAUUUAAAUGAAGUAUCUCUCCUUCCAAAGGAUAUACCUGUGCAGAAAAACAAAAAGAAAUGCUGGUCUUGUAAAUCAAAACUGGAGCUAGCCCAAAGAGAGCUUGGACUCUGUAAAUGCGGUUACACAUUUUGCUUUAUGCAUCGAUUGCCUGAGCAGCACGAGUGUAUGUACGAUCACAAAGAGGGUGGGAGACAGCAGGCCCUCAAGACCAUGGUAGCUGCCCACAAGAAGAUAGGACGGUCCUUCCAUCGUAUGGACUCCAGACCUGAGUAAAGCAUUUGCUAGCUAUAUCUACACCAUCCCUUUUAUUUGUUUUCUAUUUUGGUUUGUACAGUGUACAACUAUGAACACCUUGGUACUGUACUGUGCAUUCUUCUCUGACUUGUGUUAUAUAAGACUAGUGUUAUUUUUUACGUUAUUUUGCUAUAAUUCAUUACUGGGUGUUUCAUUAAAUUUGACAUUAUGUUA